AUUGCGAAAGCGAGCAAAAAAAGGGAAAGUAAAGUUCUUCGUUGAACUAGUUCAGUACAAUUUUAACCGCGAAUAUGGAUGGGUUUUACGUACUUUUUUUCAUCACUUUUCACGUUUUAACACUUUUCACGGCCGGUGGAAACUCGAAGAAUGUUCUGCUUAUGAUGGCGGAUGAUGGGGGAUUCGAAAUGAGAACCUACUUAAACAAAAUAUGCCAAACUCCCAAUUUGGAUAAAUUGGCUAAGCAAAGCUUAAUUUUUCACAAUGCUUUCACAUCGGUGAGUAGUUGCUCACCGAGUCGAGCAGCUUUAUUAACCGGUUUACCAUCGCAUCAAAAUGGGAUGUAUGGCUUACACCAAGCUGAAAACCACUUCAAUUCUUUUGAUACCGUUAAAAGUUUACCAAAUAUCCUAAAAGAAAAUGGAAUCAAAACUGGGAUUAUUGGUAAAAAACAUGUUGGGCCAAGCUCGGCUUUUAAGUUUGAUUAUGAACAAACCGAAGAGAAUCACUCGAUUUUACAAGUUGGGAGGAAUAUUACAAAAAUUAAAUUAUUAGCGAGGGAAUUUUUGAAUAAUUCCAACGAAAACUUCUUUUUGUACGUUUCAUUUCAUGAUCCACACCGUUGUGGGCACACUAACCCCGAAUACGGUGAAUUUUGCCAACAUUUUGGAAAUGGUGAUGAAGGAAUGGGGAAAAUUCCUGAUUGGACCCCAAUUUAUUAUCAAUGGGAACAAGUUGACUUACCUUAUUUCGUUCCGGACACUGAACCAGCACGAAGAGAUGUUUCAGCUCAGUACACAACAAUUUCACGAUUAGAUCAAGGUGUUGGAUUAAUUUUGGAAGAAUUAAAAAAUUCGGGUCAUUUAGAUGACACCUUAAUCAUUUAUUCAUCCGAUAAUGGAAUUCCAUUUCCUAACGGAAGAACUAACUUAUAUGAUGCCGGCUUAAGGGAGCCAAUGUUUAUCUCAUCCCCUUAUAAUAAAGAAAGAAGAAAUCAGGUUACGUACUCAUUAACGAGCUUAUUGGAUAUCGUUCCAACGAUUUUAGAUUGGUUUGAAAUUAAAAAUGAUGAAACUUCGGAGCACGACAUCAAAACUAACGAGAUUAUCAAUGAGAGUAAUCCAUAUACGGGGAAAAGUUUGUUGCCGUUACUACAUGAAGAACCAAAAAAUUAUAGUUCUGAAGCAAUUUUUGCAAGUCAUAAUUUGCAUGAAGUGACUAUGUAUUAUCCGAUGAGGGCUAUAAGGACCACUCGAUAUAAAUUAAUACAUAAUUUAAAUUAUAAAGCCCCGUUUCCUAUUGAUCAAGAUUUUUAUUUAUCACCAACGUUUCAAGAUAUUUUAAAUCGAACCCGUUCUAAAGAACAUUUACCGUGGAUUAAAACCUUAGAACAAUAUUAUAACAGACCAGAAUGGGAAUUAUAUGAUUUGCGUAGUGAUGUGGCCGAGUUAAAUAAUUUAGCCGAUGCUCCAACGUACAAAGAUCUUCUUGAUGCUUUAAAAAAUCGGCUUUUUGACUGGCAAUUAAAGACGAACGAUCCGUGGAUUUGUUCACCACAUGGUGUUUUUGAAAAUAAGGGAUUAUUUAAGGAUAAUCCUCAGUGUUUAGGUUUAGAUAAUUAAAAUGACAUUUUUAGGUUAGUUUUUAUUCAACACAGUAAUAAACAUCUAUAAAAAUUAA